CCGCGGUCGGGGCGCGGCCGGUAGAGGGUGAGCGGCGGUGCCGGGGCCGUGUGGGGGCCGUGGCCACAGGCGGCAGUACCGGGCCCGGCGGGGCGAGCGGUGCAGUGUCCCGGGAGAGCUCGUCCGGAGCUGGCACUGAAGAGAUCACCUCCCAGCUAAAGAUGGCUGCCGAUACCCCUGUUGACAUACUUCAAAAAGUUCUGGAGAAUGAAAUACUUCAGUCUACCAAGGUUGUGGAAGAACAUCUGGAUGCUGAAAUACAGAAGCUGGACCAAAUGGAUGAAGAUGAACUGGAACGCCUUAAACAGAGGAGGCUUGAGGCACUAAAAAAGACUCAGCAGCAGAAACAAGAAUGGCUUUCAAAAGGACACGGAGAAUACAGAGAAAUCCCCAGUGAGAGAGACUUUUUCCAAGAAGUCAAAGAAAGUAAAAAUGUUGUUUGCCAUUUCUAUAGAGAUACAACAUUCAGGUGCCAAAUAAUGGACAAGCAUUUGACUGUAUUGGCAAAAAAGCACAUUGAGACAAAAUUCUUGAAAUUAAAUGCUGAAAAAUCUCCUUUCCUGUGCGAGAGACUGCGCAUCAAAGUAAUUCCCACUCUAGCACUAAUAAAAGAUGGAAAAACGCAAGACUACGUUGUGGGCUUUACUGAUCUCGGUAACACUGAUGACUUCACUACAGAAACCUUAGAAUGGAGAUUAGGCUGUGCAGACAUAAUUAAUUACAGUGGAAACUUGAUGGACCCACCUUUUCAAAGUCAAAAGAAAUAUGGAACAAGCUUUACAAAGCUGGAUAAGAAGACCAUCAGAGGAAAGAUAUAUGAUUCAGAUUCUGAUGAUGACUAGAAGAGCCACUAAAUAUAUUUGUAAAUCAUCUUUUGUUUAUGCGUGGUACAUUUCUAAGAAUGUUUUUUAUAAAGCUUACUGCUUUUCAUUACAUCUGCACAUAAUUCUCAUUUUUCUAUACAGUUUUAUACAACUGAGUCAUAGCGGAAAAAGCUUAAAUAUUUUUUUUUCCUCUUUUGGAAGUCAUUUGUAAUUCAAAAAUCUUAGUCCUUCUAACGAAAUGACAUGGCAAAUGAUGAAUUUUGUUUUUAGUAAGUGUAAACUUAUGAAAUGUUUUGAAGUAACUUAGAAACAGCUGUAUGAAGUCAGACCAAAGUUCCCUCUGGCCCAGCAUCCAGUUUCAGUGGCUAAAAGCAGAUGCACAAGGAAGAGUGAAAACAGGGUGAGCAGAUAGCAAUGCUUCCCCACAGUCUGUGAAGCAAUCUGUGGCUUGGGGAACUCCGUAUCUGAGAGCAUUUGCUGGUUAAAAUAAUGGAAGAAAAAUCUCUUUAAAACCUCAUCCAAGUAUCCACAUCAUGUGGCAAGGAGGCCACAGUUUAACCGUGUUGAGUGAGGAACAAAUUCUGUUGGUUUUGUUAAAUCUGACAGCUACAGGAGUUUUUUUCUGUUUUUUUUUCUUUAUUAAAAGAGGUAACAGACACUUAAAAAAAUUAUUUUUCUCCAUCAGUUCCUCUUCCAGUUGUCUUUUUAAGUUUAUUCUUAUAUUAUCAGUAAAGCCCCACAAAAUGAUUAGUAAAGAAAUUGUGCAUUUUAACAAAUGAUUCCUUAUUUUAUGGUGCCAUAUCAUGACAUUAAAUAAAUUAACUGCAUUGUGCUAUAAAUUGUAAAAACAGUCAUAACUUCUGUGAAUUCUGAAACAGAUGGCCAGGAGAAAUGCCUUUGUACCAUCUAUGUCAUGACACUGCAUGUCAGAGCUGAUACAGCAGGUAAUAGCACAUAGCAACAAGCAUAUUGAAGACUGCCUUGUUGAUGGGUUUGUAUAAUUCUGUGGUUGUGAAUGUUUGGAUUUUAUAGGAGAUGCUUUGUACAAGAGAGUAGAAUAGAGAAAGGUAUCUGGGAGAAACCUUGAUCGUUAAGUUUAGAUAUAGCACCACAUACUGUGUACUGUUCUUCAGUAAUGGACAGAAUUUUCAAGGGAGAUCUUCCUUGGACACAAUGUAAAAUUUCUGGCUAGGUGAAGAGUUGAUGAGUUUUCUUUUUGUUUUCAAAAAAAUAAUUUGCUUUGUGCUGAAGGACCCUUUUUCAGGUGGUAUUUGAAUCCAUUUGGCCCAAAAAGCAGUGAAGUGGGUCUAGUCAGUUUGCUGCCUUGUAGUGGAGAACACUUGUGAUUGGGCCAGCCCAGCAAUAUAUCUCUUUAAGUUUAAAAAAUUAUAUUUUAUUUCUGUUCAUGUACAUUGAAAUAAAAUUAUUUUAAUUCUAA